AUGGAGCGCGCGGCAUCGCUCCUAUGCGUCGUCCUGCUCUGUGUGUCGCUCUUCACUUCCGGCACCGCCACGCCUCUUGGACCAAGCGACGUCGCUGCGCCUCUUGGACCAAGCGACGUCGCUGCGCCUCUUGGACCAAGCGACGGCGCCGCGGUCAUACCUACCGUUGCUCAGGCCAGUCCUCUGGUGUCGAAAGGCGGGAAGGCCAUCGUGAAAUACGUGGUUAAGCUGCGACCCACCAAGGUCAAUGGGAAAGUAAUUGGCGACAUUGGAGCAUGGGGGAAAGCAGUGGCCAAAGCGAUCAGGUACUGA